AUGGCUUCUGCGCAGGCCACUACCGGCGAGACAACAACCGGGUCUACAGCGGAUAGCACUACUGUACUCGUUGUCACUCAAACCAGCACAAAUGAUGCCACCACGACUACAAGAACAGCUCCGCUCCCUUUGACAACUACAUUCACCCCGCCAAGCGAAUGUUUAACUAAUCUAUGGGCCGCCAUGUCUAAUUCAUCAACUUGGAUGAACUUAGGCCCAAUCAAUACCGCCGAAUGUUUGCCAUCCGGCUGGGCUCCAAAAUCAUACUACUCGCCCGGAAUAUGCCCUAGCGGAUGGAUAAUGGCAUACAACACCACUACUAGCACCGGAGGCACAGCGGAAACGAGGGGUACUUGCUGUCCAGUAUACCCAGCGAGCAGCUGGACAUUUUCUACACGCACAGCGAGCGAGAGUUGGACCAAUGGGCCUUGGGAAUCCUGGUAUGAUACGGAAGUCUGUCAGUGGACUGUGCCCGUGACAGAGACAACCUAUCCCUAUCUAUACACCAGCGGUGACGCGACUAUCAUGGCAUCAGGCCGCAUGACCGGCGGUGCAGCGGGCUGGAACGCAUAUGGUAUCGAAGUCCGGUGGAAGGCCAGCGAUGGAAUUGGCGCAGUGGCUACAGCGACUGAAUCGACGGCCAGUUCUAGCAGGACUGCUUCUUCUAGCCAGUCCUCUCACGGAAAUACUUAUGCUAGUUCACCGUCUGGUGAAACUGGCUCUUCGGGCCUAUCAUUAGGUGCGAAGGCAGGCAUUGGCAUUGGCGCGGGAACAGCGGCAGUUUUGACGAUCUUUUUAAUUGGUCUUGUUAUUAUGCGACGGCGAAAGCGUCGCGCGACCAAUUCGGACGAGUUGACGCAUUUUCACAAAAUGCCAGAUCACAAAAUCCAGCAGAAUUACCUAGUUCCCAGGAUAAUUGGUAUGCUCGGGGGGCCCCCGAGUUGGAUUCUAAGCCAAUGUUCGAGAGUGAGGACUCUGUUUGGGUAA